AUGCAACCAUAUGCACUUCGUACCUCCAAACUCAAGCCGCUUAGAGCAGUAAUCACAGCAGUAGAAGACUCGUUGUGUGUUCCUGUGGUUAUUGUCGUAUGUGGUGCCUUUAAUCCUAUUCAUAAUGCACACCUAUCACUUUACAAUACGGCUGAGGCAGCCCUGAGCUCUCCUUCUUCCCGUGACGCUAUCACGGGGAGGCCGUACCUAGUGCUCGGAGGUUAUCUCUCGCCAGUGGGCGAUUUGUAUGGUAAGCCUGGCCUGAUGCCAUUCUCACAGCGUGUGGACAUUGCUGAAGCAGCGGUUAGGGAUCACCCUGCGAUCGAGGUAGAUUGUUGGGAGGGCCUGCAGCCCACUUACGCACGCACUUACUACGUUCUUGAACACUUGCAAGAAUCGGUUCAGACGUGGUACGAUUCGCUGAGGGAAGAGGGACAGCACAGCUUAAGUGAAAGAGAUGUAAGCGUGCGUGUUGUCCUUGCCUGUGGUACAGAUUUGUUUCGUUCCUUUUUCAAGCCUGGCUGUUGGAGGCUAGAUCUUCUCCAAAAGCUCUUGGAUAGGUUCUAUGUGGUGGUCAUUACGCGCCCUGGGAACAACUUCGAUUGCGUUAAAAAUAGGAGUGAUGCCUUUUCGCCCAACAUCAUGGUUUCAGAAGACGAGUCAGUAAAUGGUGAGGAAGCUGUCGCAGGCGGAAUUCAUCAAAUGUUACCUGAGAAUUGCGUUCUAACUCAGGUGAUUAACGAGGAGACCUAUGAAGUGGAUUUUUCCAAGUAUCGAUUCAUCUAUAAACAACCCACUUCCAUCUCCUCGACUUCUUCAACGGCUAUUCGCAAAGCCCUGGGUGCCGCCGCAGAGGCAGCUAACCGUCAUGAUCUAGCCGCAGAGAAGGAAGCGCAAGAAGGGAUAGCAAACAUGGUACCUGAGGCUGCCCGCGAUCUUAUCAUCAAAUACUAUUUUUUUCAUGCCACAAAUAGCGAAAAAUAA